AUGAGUUGUCGGCUUCAAACCACUUUUUCGAAAUUCGGACUCCAUGCAGGUGCUAGGAUUCCGGAAAUGUCUCCAAUGAAAGAAGAGAACUGGAGAACACUUACACUUUGCACGCAACCCAAACUGGCUUCUCAGGUUUUAUCAGACGUAACUAACACUGUGAAUGAUGGUUCAACAUCUACGAAACCUGUCCCUCUCACAAAGUCGUGA